AUGUGGCGCGGCAAGAAGGUGGCUGUUAAAGUGAUGCAGCUGCCGGCCGACGCGCUGCUCGACCACUCUGAAACACUCGGCCUGCAGGCCGGCGGCUACGGCCACGCCGGCGCCGGCGCCGCGCGGCGGCGGGGGCGCGGCAAGGCGGGGCGGCAGGGGGCGGCGCCGCACAUGGCGAUCAUGGAGGCGGUCCUGUCGAGCACGAUGAGUCAUCCGAACGUCGUGCAGGUGGCCGCGGGGGCUUUCGGGGUGUACACUUAUUACCUCAACCCCACCCUAGUCAGCGCCGUCGGCGGCAUGCAGGGCGGCGACAGCCUCUCAUCCCCCCGAGCAGCCGGCGGCGGCGGGGGCAGCGGCGGCGGCGGCGGCGGCGGCGGCGGCGGCGCGGAGGGCGAGGCCGACAUCGCGGGUUGGACGCUCAAACUGGUCAUGGAGUACUGCAAUGAGGGCUCCCUGCGUGACGCGCUGGACUGCGGGCUGCUGUGCACCCCGGGCUCGUUCCUGUCGCCGUCGUCGGUGCUGGCGCUGUCACACGACGUGGCGUCCGCCAUGCUGCACCUGCACAGCGAGGGCAUCGUGCACGGCGACCUGAAGGCCCACAACGUCCUCCUCACAGGCAGCAGCGACCCCACCAGCGGCAUGACCAACGGCCGCGUGUGGGCCGCCUCGGGCAGCCGCCGCCUGACCGCGAAAGUCGGGGACUUUGGGCUGGCGCUGCCGCUGCAGCCGAGCGACACGCACGCGACGCUCGCCGCGCGGCCCGCAGCCUCCGCCUCAAUCCUUUAA